UUACAUGUUAUUCUUUGACAAAAUAUUCAUCAGAGGUCAGUGUAUUCACUGUAUUGUAACUCAUUUGUUUGAAUGGUCGUGUAAUAUGUUGUAUUUAAUUUUAUUAUUGUGUUUGCGAAGUGUUCUUUGUGUGGCGACCGGCUCUCCAGGUCUGGCUCCAGCGGUUAGGCUGAACGAUGGGAAUCUUAUGCCCACAUUUGGACUUGGCACCUGGCUUGGUGUGACUCCAGAAGGGCUACUAGCUGAAGUGCAAGAUGACUCCAUAGAGAAGGCUGUUGAAGACGCCAUAGAUGUUGGAUACCGACACAUAGACACUGCUGCUCUCUACAACACAGAGCCACAGGUUGGUCGAGGUAUUCAUAAGAAAAUAGCGGACGGUGCCCUCACAAGGGAGGAGAUUUUUGUCACUACGAAGCUCUGGAACGACCAGCAUGCAAAGGAAAAAGUGGUGCCAGCUUUGAAGCACUCGCUUCAGCAGCUCAAUAUGAGCUAUGUGGACCUGUAUCUCAUACAUUUCCCGGUUGGAACUAUUAGCAAAUUUACACCAGAUUUAACGGACUACCUGGAGACGUGGUAUGGAAUGAUUGAAGCCCAGAAACAGGGACUCACGAGGUCUAUCGGAGUCUCCAAUUUCAAUCAAGAUAUGAUCGAGAGACUCGUCAGAGAGACUAGUGUUGUUCCGGCAGUCUUACAAGUCGAGAUACAUCUAAACCUUCAACAACCAUCACUUCUGGAGUUCUGUCGCCAGCGUGGUAUAGCUGUUAUGGGUUAUACGCCAUUCGGGCCCCUAUUCCCCGGUAAAGCCAGCCCAGGUGCCCCUCCGCCGCGCGUCGACGAUCCUGCCCUGGUUGAAAUGGCUCGGAAGUAUAAGAAAACUGUACCCCAAGUUGUAUUAAGAUAUCUGUAUGAACUGGGUGUGGUACCAAUACCGAAGUCAGUGAAACGUUCCCGCAUACAACAGAACAUCGAGAUAUUCGACUUCGCAAUAGAGGAGGCGGAUAAGCGACUCCUGCGCAGCUACGACGCGAACUAUCGCCUAACAUCUAUGCCGUUUUGGAAGAACCAUCCUUACUACCCAUUUCACUCCUAAAAUGCGUUUUUAAUUAAAUAAAGCGUUUACAAAACAA